AGUGCGCCGAUAAGACGUCGCGCGUGCGCAAGCGCUCGUCGCAGCGGCCUGCCGGAAGCCAAGAUGGCGCAUAGGUGCUCUCCAGGUCAUAGUCGGCGCCUGAUCAGUGUCUGAACUAAGUAUUUUGGAAGAGGUUGUGGCAAACACCCUCUCUGCCGUCAUGGCCCGGCAUCGGAAUGUCCGAGGCUAUAACUACGAUGAAGAUUUUGAAGAUGAUGAUCUCUAUGGCCAGUCUGUAGAGGAUGAUUAUUGUAUUUCACCAUCAACAGCUGCUCAGUUUAUUUAUUCACAACGUGACAAACCUUCAGUUGCUGAGCCUGUAGAAGAGUGUUGUGACGAUCUGAAAGAUUCUUCUAAUUCUCUUUCACACCAACAGCUAAGUGGAUUUGAUCAAGCUCGUCUUUAUUCCUGCCUUGAUCACAUGAGAGAGGUACUGGGAGAUGCUGUGCCAGAUGAAAUACUGAUUGAAGCAGUUCUGAAGAGCAAGUUUGAUGUGCAAAAGGCUUUGUCACUUGUUCUGGAACAAGAUGAUGUGCAGAAUCUGAAGGACAAGAGUGGGAGAAUAAUGUCUACAGGAAAAAUACCAAAAGGAAAAUCAAUAGAAUUGCAGUCAUCUCGAAGUGAAUCUGAAAUUGUGCCAAAAGUUACUAAAAUGACUGUGUCUGGAAAGAAGCAAACUAUGGGAUUUGAAGUGCCCGGGGUAACUGCUGAAGAAAAUGGUCAUAUUAUUCAGACACCUCAAAAAGGACCUGCUGCUGAAGAUACUGGUGUUACUUCUGACAUUCUUGAGACUGUUACUAGAUCAGCUCUUCCACCCCACUCCAGUCAAGUAGAAGAGCAGAGUUCAACACCAACAGCAGUAAAAAAGUCUGGCAAGCUGAGGCCGCAGGUAGAUGUGAAAGCAGAGCUGGAGAAGCGGCAGGGCGGCAAGCAUCUCCUCAACUUGGUGGUCAUUGGUCAUGUUGAUGCUGGGAAAAGUACUCUGAUGGGCCACAUGCUUUAUCUCCUGGGUAAUGUGAACAAAAGAACUAUGCAUAAGUAUGAACAAGAGUCUAAAAAGGCUGGCAAGGCUUCAUUUGCAUAUGCAUGGGUCUUGGAUGAGACUGGCGAAGAAAGGGAAAGGGGAGUCACAAUGGAUGUUGGUAUGACAAAGUUUGAAACCGCAACCAAAGUUAUUACAUUAAUGGAUGCUCCAGGCCAUAAGGAUUUCAUUCCAAAUAUGAUUACAGGAGCAGCUCAGGCAGAUGUAGCUGUUUUAGUUGUCGAUGCCAGCAGGGGAGAGUUUGAAGCUGGAUUUGAGACUGGAGGGCAAACACGUGAGCAUGGCCUCUUGGUCAGGUCUCUUGGAGUGACACAACUUGCAGUUGCAGUCAAUAAAAUGGAUCAGGUUAAUUGGCAACUAGAAAGGUUUCAAGAAAUUACUGGAAAACUUGGGCACUUUCUUAAGCAAGCGGGCUUUAAGGAGAGUGAUGUAGCUUUUAUCCCUACAAGUGGUCUCAGUGGUGAAAAUCUAAUCACAAGAUCUCAGUUGAAUGAACUCACGAAAUGGUAUAAAGGACUAUGUUUAUUAGAACAAAUUGAUUCUUUCAAGCCUCCUCAAAGAUCUAUUGACAAGCCUUUUAGAUUAUGUGUGUCAGAUGUGUUCAAAGAUCAAGGAUCUGGAUUUUGUGUGACGGGUAAAAUUGAAGCCGGUUAUAUUCAGACUGGUGAUCGACUACUAGCAAUGCCGCCUAAUGAAACUUGUACUGCAAAAGGAAUCACCCUGCAUGAUGAACCUGUUGAUUGGGCAGCAGCAGGCGAUCAUGUUAGUCUUACUUUGGUUGGGAUAGAUAUCAUCAAAAUCAAUGUUGGGUGUAUAUUUUGUGGCCCCAAAGAACCUAUUAAAGCUUGCACUCGUUUCAGAGCCAGGAUCCUCAUCUUUAAUAUUGAAAUUCCUAUCACUAAAGGAUUUCCUGUGCUGUUACACUACCAAACCGUCAGUGAACCCGCUGUCAUUAAACGAUUGAUUAGUGUCUUGAACAAAAGCACUGGCGAAGUCACCAAGAAAAAACCCAAGUUGUUAACGAAAGGCCAGAAUGCAUUGGUAGAGCUACAGACACAAAGACCAGUGGCUCUUGAGCUCUACAAAGACUUUAAAGAGCUGGGAAGGUUUAUGCUGCGUUACAGUGGUUCCACAAUAGCUGCUGGUGUUGUCAUGGAGAUAAAAGAAUGAUGGAUCAGAAUUUUACCAUGCUUCCAAAUGAAAUAACUCACCACUGAUUUUAAAGAAUACAGUUAUGCAGUUCAAGAAAUGAUGUACAAUUGAUAUUUUUUUAAAUGAGAGAGAAUAUUUAAAGCUAUAAAUAGCCGCAAGGAAGUAUUAAUAAUAAUUUCUGCAAAAUUUCAAGUUUCCAACAGUCAAAGAAAGGCUAAUAUUGCACUUUCAUUUAAAAAACUCCUUUCCCUUUGAAAUGGUAGUACAUUUGGUAGUAAAUAAAUGGAUUUAUUUACUUUGCUGAAAUUUAUGGCAAGUAUCAGAAAUAGUAUUAGAAGAUACUGACAUCAUCAUGAAAUAGACUGUACCUCCACCCAAACCAAAAAUGUUUACAGGUUUUUCUUUUCAUUCAAAUGUACUGUACAUUUUAAGGAAAAUAACUAAAUUGGGCUUUUGAGAUAGUUCAUAUUAGACCUGGGAACUUCUUAAAGUUAACCCUAAGCAAGAUUUGCUGAAGGUUAUAAUAAAGCUAUUUUAUAUUGAGCAUAAAAAUGCCCUUCCAACAAGUCAACUUCUGAAAGCAAAAUUUGGAAUUAAUGGAAGCUGUUCUGUUGAUAACUAAGAUACUAUUUAAGUUGUAAAGCCAGCUAAUAAAAUGUCUUAGUUUGAGCAUAAUGCAA